UGAACAACUCCAAUUUAUAAAAAUUGCACUAAUAUGCUUUUCUCGAAUCGAUUACUUUCAAAAAGAAGUUUUUUUCAGCAAUUCUUGCGAGUCUAAUCGAUGCUUAUCUCCAUGGAAACUAAAAGAUGGAGUCCGCCUGGUUCUCUCUCUAUCCAUUGUAACCUUGCAUGUCAACACGCACAAGAAAAGGAGAAUUUGUACAGAAAUUCGCAACAAUUACAUUAGGGAUAUUCGUGAAAGUGUUAAUAUAAUUUAUUUGGCAAUGCUCAGAAUAUCGAUUUUUACAUUAUUUUUCAUAAAUUUCUACGCUGCAUGUUGUCAGGAUGUUGACAUCGACCCGGAUGGCUAUGUUGUUUACUGUCCUUGCAUGGGACGCUUUGGCAACCAAGCGGAUCAUUUCUUAGGGGUCUUAGGAUUUGCCAGAGCUCUAAAUCGUACCCUGAUAUUACCGCCAUGGGUCGAAUAUCGCACGGGAGAGACCAGAUCUAUACAAGUACCAUUCGACACUUACUUUAAUGUCUCACAAGUACAAAACUGUCAUAAAGCAAUAUUAAUGGAAGACUUUAUGAUUGAUGUUGCACCGAAAAUAUGGCCACCUGAAAAAAGAAUAUCUUUCUGUUAUGAAGCUCGCGAGGGAAGUAAUGGGACGUCUUGUAAUGCGAAGCAUGGGAAUCCAUUUGGGCCCUUCUGGGAUACGUACAAUAUAGAUUUUGUCAAGUCAGAAUUUUACAAACCUCUCCUUUAUUACGAUAUAUAUUAUACCCGCACGAGGCAGCAACAAUGGCAGCAGCAUUAUCCAGCUGAAAUUUGGCCAGUACUAGCAUUUACAGGCGCACCCGCCAGUUUCCCGAUACAGCUGGAGAAUAAACCUCUGCAGAAGUGUCUCAAUUGGAACAAUGACAUUCUGAAUAAAGCAAAGGCAUUUAUAAAAAAGAAAUUACCGAGAGGUGCAUUUGUUGGUAUACAUUUGCGAAACGGAAUUGAUUGGGUACGCGCCUGCGAACAUAUACCAUCUGCACCAAAUCUUUUCGCCGCACCCCAGUGUCUCGGGUACCAAAAUGAACGUGGCAAAGCAACAUCGUCGAUGUGCUUGCCGUCAUUUGAUGUAAUAGUGACCCAACUGAAGCGUGUUAUUCGUAAUGGCAAAGAUAUUAAAUCUGUGUUCGUAGCAUCUGACGAUGAUUACAUGUUGGACAAACUCACGGAAGCUUUAGAGCGCAUGAAGAUACCAGUAUUCCGGCAAGAACCACCAGUAUCUCCACAUUUGGAUUUGGCAAUUCUCGGAAGGUCUAAUUAUUUCAUAGGAAACUGCAUUUCCUCUUUCAGCGCUUUUGUGGCCAGAGAACGUGAAGUCAGAGGAUACCCAACGUUCUUCUGGGGUUUCCCACCCAGGACCAGAACAGAACUGUGAUAUUAAUAUUUAUUUUGUAUAGCAUAAUAUUUGCCAAAUAUGCGCACGACUGUCGAUUUUUGAUAAUUAUUUUAUAUUUAUAUAUUGCUGAAUUGAAUAAUUGUAUUAUGAUUAAUGUUACUCAUAUAUUUAUUGAAAAAAUACAACUGUAUACAUGAUGAGCCAAGUCGCGAAAUAUGGUACUGCAACGUAUUUUGCAGAUCUCCAAUUUAUAUUUCACAAUAAAAAAUGUAUACGUAA